AUGGCAGCAACUAUUUCCGUUUCGACCACUUCGCAACUGACCAACGCCAUCAACUCGGUCUCCCCCGGAGACACUAUCGAGUUGGCGGCUGGUGCCUCGUUCAACUACGCUGGAGUGACUCGGCUGACAUGUGACGUCGAUGGUACGGCCUCCAACCCUAUCACCGUCCGUGGCCUGCCUGGCUCGACCAUGACCUGGACCCACUCCUCCAACUACGUCGAGGGUUUUGUGGUUACUGGCAAGCAUUGGAUUUUCGAGGACCUCGACAUCACCGGCACCUGCUCCAACCACAACUACUGCGAGCACGCGUUCCACGUCCAGGGCGACGCUGACUUUUUCGUCAUGCGCCGCUGCGUCAUCCGCGACUUUAACGCCCAGAUCAAGUCGAACAUCGGGGGUGGCCAGUUCCCUGACGAUUGUCUCCUCGAGCACAACGAGUUCUACAACACCGGCGGGCGCCGGACCUCAGCGCCGGUCACCCCGGCCAACAUCGAUGGUGGCGAGCGGUGGAUUGUCCGCAACAACUACUUCCACGAUGCGUGGAAGGACGGCGGCAACACCAUCUCGUACCAGACGUUCAUGAAGUCCAACGGCGCCGACGGCAUCUACGAGGGCAACCUCAUCGCCUGCUCGGUCCUCCACUCGGGCGGCGUGCGCAUCGGUAUUUCGUUUGGCGGCGGCGGCACGUCGCCAGACUCGGUGUGCGGGCAGGGGACAUGCAACCCGGAGCACCGCCGCGGCAUCAUGCGCAACAACGUGAUCAUCAACUGCGCCGCCAUCGGCAUCUACCUCAACGAGGCGCGCGACACCAAGAUCUACAACAACAUCCUGUACAACACCGACGGCAUCGACGUGCGGUUCGCAACCUCGACCGCCGACAUCCGCAACAACAUCAUCGCCGGCGGCGACAUCUCUGACCGCGACGGCGGCUCGUCGACCAGUGGCUCCAACUGGCUCACCAGCACUGCCGUGGCUGCCUCUGCCUUUGUCGAUGCCGCAGGCGGCGACUUCCGUCUCUCCGGCGACUCGUCGCAGCGGUCGAACUUUAUCAACGCUGGCGUUUCGCUGUCGCAGGUCACCAACGACUUUUGCCGGCGCUCCCGGAGCUCGCCGCACGACAUCGGCGCGGUCGACUACUCGCAGGGCUCGUUCAUGUGCUCCGGUACCUCCGUCAUCAACUCGGGCACAUCGGGCACCAUCUCGAUGCCGACGCCGUUCUCGACCACCUACUACUACGGCAACAACCGUGACUGCACCUGGGACUUCCAGUUUCCGGCUGGGGCCACGAUCUCGUUCACCGCCACCGAGUUCAACACCGAAGCCAACUACGACUUCCUGACCCUCUCCACCGGCCAGCAGUACUCGGGCACUUCGAUCCCGACCAUUGCCUCGAUCCCUGGCAACGGCAACAUCCGGUUCACCUCGGAUGGCUCCACCAGCGGCAACGGCUUUGUCCUCGACUGGUCGCUGACGCCUGCACCCACCCCGGCCCCGACCCCGGCCCCAACCCCGGCCCCGACUCCGGCCCCGACUCCGGCCCCGACCCCGGCCCCGACUCCGGCUCCCACCCCGGCUCCAACUCCGGCUCCCACCCCCACCCCAGGCACUCCCUGCUCCGGUACGGUCUUGCUCUCGGGUACCUCGGGCCGGAUCUCGAUCCCCGACCCAUACGACCCAGCCGGCACCUACGGCCACAACCUCGACUGUCGCUGGACGUGGACCCACCCGCUCUCGGCGCAGGUCUCGUUCAACGUCAUUCACUUCAACACUGAGCCCGAUUACGACUGGGUCUACCUCACGGACUCGGCGCCGUCGUCGUGGCAGUACACCGGCUCGCCCACAACCCUGCCGACAAUCGGCGGCGACGGCACCUUCCGCUUUGUGAGCGAUGGCAACACCGCCGAGGCUGGCGUCGUCGUUGACUGGACUGUGACCGGCGCCACCCCGGCGCCAACUCCUGCCCCGACCCCGGCUCCCACUCCGAGCCCGGGACCGGUCAUGUGCUCCGGUACCACUGUCAUCAACUCGGGCACAUCGGGCACCAUCUCGAUGCCGACGCCGUUCUCGACCACCUACUACUACGGCAACAACCGUGACUGCACCUGGGACUUCCAGUUUCCGGCUGGGGCCACGAUCUCGUUCACCGCCACCGAGUUCAACACCGAAGCCAACUACGACUUCCUGACCCUCUCCACCGGCCAGCAGUACUCGGGCACUUCGAUCCCGACCAUUGCCUCGAUCCCUGGCAACGGCAACAUCCGGUUCACCUCGGAUGGCUCCACCAGCGGCAACGGCUUUGUUCUCAACUGGUCGGUUUCGUCAUCGCCGUCCACCCCGGCCCCGACACCGACUCCAGCUCCGACACCGACCCCGGCACCAGGCCCUGGCCCCGCCCCGCCCCCGGUCACCGUCACCGUGAGCUCUGCGUCUGCGCUCACCAACGCCAUCGCCAACGCCUCGCCGGGCGACGUCAUCGGCAUCUCGGGCUCGAUCACCUUCAACUCGCUUCGUCGCAUCUCGUGCUCGCGCUCGGGCACGUCGUCGAACCCGAUCACCGUCCGCGGCCUCCCUGGCCACAAGCUCUACUUUUCGCAUUCGUCCAACUACGUCGAGGGUUUUGUGGUCACCGCCAAGCACUGGAUUUUCGAGGACCUCGACAUCACCGGCACCUGCUCCAACCACAACUACUGCGAGCACGCGUUCCACGUCCAGGGCGACGCUGACUUUUUCGUCAUGCGCCGCUGCGUCAUCCGCGACUUUAACGCCCAGAUCAAGUCGAACAUCGGGAGUGGCCAGUUCCCUGACGAUUGUCUCCUCGAGCACAACGAGUUCUACAACACUGGCGGGCGCCGGACCUCAGCGCCGGUCACCCCGGCCAACAUCGAUGGUGGCGAGCGGUGGAUUGUCCGCAACAACUACUUCCACGAUGCGUGGAAGGACGGCGGCAACACCAUCUCGUACCAGACGUUCAUGAAGUCCAACGGCGCCGACGGCAUCUACGAGGGCAACCUCAUCGCCUGCUCGGUCCUCCACUCGGGCGGCGUGCGCAUCGGUAUUUCGUUUGGCGGCGGCGGCACGUCGCCAGACUCGGUGUGCGGGCAGGGGACAUGCAACCCGGAGCACCGCCGCGGCAUCAUGCGCAACAACGUGAUCAUCAACUGCGCCGCCAUCGGCAUCUACCUCAACGAGGCGCGCGACACCAAGAUCUACAACAACAUCCUGUACAACACCGACGGCAUCGACGUGCGGUUCGACACCUCGACCGCCGACAUCCGCAACAACAUCAUCGCCGGCGGCGACAUCUCUGACCGCAACGGCGGCUCGUCGACCAGUGGCUCCAACUGGCUCACCACCGUUGCUGCCGCCCGCAGUGCCUUUGUUGAUCCUGACAGCGGCGACUUCCGUCUCUCUGGCGACUCGUCGCAGCGGUCGAACUUUAUCAAUGCUGGCGUUUCGCUGUCGCAGGUCACCAACGACUUUUGCCGGCGCUCCCGGAGCUCGCCGCACGACAUCGGCGCGGUCGACUACUCGCAGGGUGCGUGCGACACGUCGAACCCGCUGGCGGUAACAGGCCCGACUGGUGGUGCCGGCGCGCAACAGGGUGCGUCGGUCCAGUCCAAGUCGACACCGGUCAUGUCGCCGACCGCUACGUAUGUGACGGUUGCCGGGUCGGGCUUUGCGCUCAUUGCGGUGGCCGUCAUCGCCCUGGCCGUGCUUGUCCGAUCCCGCCGCCGCCGCGCUCGUGCUGCCGCCGCCCGCGACUCAGACGCUGCCGCUCUGGAACUCGUGGCGUGGGGUAUCGCGCCGACUGACGCGAUGCCAGAGUCGGAGGGCAAGGCCCCGACGCUCCCGCCGCCGGCCGCCCCGUCGCUGCCUCCGCCGCCGGCGCCGGCCACGGUCGCCACCCAUCGCACCCUUCUCUACGCCUUUGCCGGAACCGCCGCAGACGAGCUCGCCUGUGCAGCCGGCGAUCAGGUCGAGGUGCUCGAGGAGUUUGACGACGGGUGGUGCAGUGCCCGCAACAUUGCCACCGGUGCUACCGGCGCUCUUCCGCUCAACUACCUCCAGUAG